CUUUCUCUCUAGCUACAUGCACAUUCUCUCUCUACUGCAAAAUGUAUUAUUAAUUUGAUUAAAGAAAAUAAUUUUCUUUCUCUUCCUUUCUUUAUAAGUAUACGUCUGAAACGUUCCUUAAAGAGCUUCUGCUUCCCAUCUUCUUUUCUUCUCUUCAUUUAAAACCUCAGACAAGUGUUUACAUGCAUUUGCUCUCUUGAUCUCAUCUCUUCAAAAAGACAUGCAAUAGAUAUAUAGAUCUUCUGAUAAGAAAACACAACCUCGUGAUUAUCGUUAGUACCAAAGUUUUUUCAUAGUCUUUCUCCCCCCCCCCCCCCCCCCCCAUCAAGCUAGUGUAACGCUUGAUCUCAAGUUAGUAUUUUAAAGUUAAAAAAAAAAACUUUAUUUACUGGGUUUCUUCUUAAAUCUUCUUUGUCCUUUUCUGCAGAAUCACAUUAGAAAUUUGUAGGCGUGUUCCAUUCUCUUUCUUUCUCUCUCUCUUUUUUUUCUCACUUUGGUUGUUAUAUAAAAAAGAAGAAAGCAAAAGUUGAUGGCUCCGAUGACGAACUGGUUAACGUUUUCACUGUCACCAAUGGACAUGUUGAGGUCAUCUGAUCAGUCUCAGUUCGUACCCUAUGACGCUUCUUCCGCCGCCUCCUCCUCUCCUUAUCUCCUCGAUAACUUCUAUGGUUGGACAAAUCAAAAGCCUCAAGAGUUUUUCAAAGAUGAAGCUCAGAUAGCAGCUUCGAUGGCGGAUUCAACGAUCCUUACAACGUUUGUUGACCCACAGACUCAUUCUCACAAUCACAUCCCAAAGCUCGAAGACUUCCUCGGUGACGUGCGUUACUCCGACAACAGUCAAACCGAGACACAAGACUCUUCUUCCCUCACUCACAUCUACGAUCCACGUCACCAACACAACCAGAACCAAACCGGGUUUUACUCAGACCAUAGCCACGAGUUCAAAACCAUGGCCGGUUAUCAAACCGCCUUCUCAACAAACUCCGGUUCGGAGGUUGAAGACUCGGCUUCCAUCGGGAGGACUCAUCUGGCGGGAGAGUAUUUGGGACACGUGGUGGAAUCUUCCGGUGGCCCGGAGCUUGGUUUUCGCGGUGGAGCUAACACCGGAGGAGCUUUGUCGCUUGGUGUUAACGUUAACAAUAACACUAAUCACAGGACUAGUGAUGAUCAUAAUCAGAUCGCUGAGCAUCAUUACCGAGGUAAUACCAAUGGUGAGAGACUAAAUAACAGUAGCCAAGAGAAGACGAUUUCUGAGAAGGAGAAGCCUGUUGUGGCUGUGGAGACAUCAGAUUGUUCUAACAAGAAGAUCGCUGAUACGUUUGGACAAAGGACUUCCAUCUACAGAGGAGUUACAAGACAUAGAUGGACGGGAAGAUAUGAAGCUCAUCUAUGGGAUAAUAGCUGUAGGAGAGAAGGUCAGGCCAGGAAAGGUCGUCAAGUAUACUUGGGUGGAUAUGACAAAGAAGAUAAGGCAGCUCGAGCUUACGACUUAGCGGCUCUCAAGUACUGGAAUGCUACUGCAACCACCAAUUUCCCUAUUACAAAUUACUCAAAAGAACUCGAGGAAAUGAAGCACAUGACCAAACAGGAGUUCAUUGCUUCCCUGAGGAGGAAGAGUAGUGGAUUCUCUAGAGGAGCUUCGAUAUACAGAGGUGUGACAAGGCAUCAUCAACAAGGACGUUGGCAAGCAAGGAUAGGCCGUGUUGCCGGCAACAAAGAUCUUUACCUAGGAACCUUUGCAACGGAAGAGGAAGCAGCUGAGGCAUACGACAUAGCAGCGAUCAAAUUCAGGGGAAUAAACGCUGUAACUAACUUUGAGAUGAACCGUUAUGACGUUGAAGCCAUCAUGAAGAGUGCACUUCCCAUUGGUGGUGCAGCAAAACGUCUAAAGCUCUCUUUAGAAGCUGCUGCUUCAUCAGAGCAGAAACAAGUCCUCGGUCAGCAUCAUCAACUCCAUCACUUCCAGCAGCAACAACAACAACAGCACCAGCAACAGCAGCAGCUUAACCACAGUAGCAUUAACUUCGCUCUUUGUCCUAAUUCAGCCGUUCAGUCUCAGAUGAUUCCAUGUGGAAUCCCUUUCGAAGCAGCUGCUCUUUACCAUCAUCAACAGCAGCAGCAGCAACAACAACAGCAACAGAACUUUUUCCAGCAUUUUCCGGUGAAUGCAGCUUCUGACUCGACCGGUUCUAAUAAUAACUCCAACGUUCAAGGUUCAAUGGGACUUAUGGCGCCAAAUCAGGCUGAGUUCUUCCUCUGGCCUAACCAGUCUUACUAGAAUCAAUCAUGUUGUGUUUUUUCUUUUUUUUUAUUAGUGUUUUGAUGUCUUUAAGGGAUACAACUUCUUUCUUACUGCGCUAAUGUUCCAACUUCUUGAUUCUAGCUAACCCCCAUAAGCUCUGACUAGAAGGAUAUGAAAAUCUCACUUGCGUCUUGUCUUUUUGUAUGUGUCAGGCUUAUCAGCUUGUACCGUUUUACUCUGUUUCCAUUUAAUGAAAUAUGUUUCUGUUUA